GUUCUUAAAUGUAUUGAUCAUUACCCAGCAAAUGUAAGACCUUGACUGAGUUUGAGGGGUAAUCAAUGACCGUUGCAUGUUAAUGGACAAUUAGCGUGCUGCCUCUCUCUUCUUUGGCUGACCUCUGAGGUUCAGGCCAUGCUAGUCAAUAGCAGCUCAUUUGGAAUGAUCUUAAUUGUGGCAACAAUGGUUGCUGAAUUUGUCCCAAUAUGAAACACUUUUCUUGUUUUUUGGAGGGGGGGCAUCAUUGGGUAUAAUUCCAUUGGCAAAAUAUUGUGGUAUUAUCCUACCAUGAGUUUACUCUGUGAUUCCCAGCGUCCAUCUGCCAUCCUCUUAAUAAAAAAAAUAAAAAAAACGCAAUAAAAUGCUCGUGUGGAUGCGAGGGGGGUUGGCAUUAGGAGCUGUUUGAGAUAGAUAUGAGGUAAUCUCCCCCCGGGUUAACACAAUACAAUAACACGGAGUUUCAAUGACACACACGGUCAUCUGUUUGGAGAGCGACAUCAGGCCAGUCAAUGACUUCAUCCAUCGCUCGUCUCUUUGUUGCCGGGUGGACAUUCAUCAACCUCGUCGCCUCGCAUACUUGGAAGUCGAGUCUAUUUGUUUUGUUUUUAAUUCGCGUUGCGGGAGGGCUAGCGGAGGAUUAGCAUGCGAUUUUUAGUGGAGUCCGACCACCGAGGUUAUAUUCCAUACAGCUGUUGACCAAAAUGGACAUCCAACGGGUGCGGGUGCUACGUUAUGGCCUCCCUCAAAGCGUCAGUGACUCUGGACUCUUUUACACGCACAUCUCCUGCAGUGAGCAGAGCAUCUGCCAGGCUCGGGCCUCUGUGAUGGUCUACGACGACGCCAGUAAGAAGUGGGUGCCCAUCAAGCCGGGCCAGCAGGGCUUCAGUCGCAUCAACAUCUACCACAACACUGCCAACAACACCUUUAGGGUGGUGGGUGUCAAGCUGCAGGACCAGCAGGUGGUGAUUAACUACUCCAUCGUGAAGGGCCUGAAGUACAAUCAGGCCACGCCCACUUUCCAUCAAUGGCGCGACGCUCGCCAAGUCUACGGGCUCAACUUUGCCAGCAAGGAGGAGGCCACCACCUUCUCCAACGCCAUGCUGUUCGCCCUCAACGUGCUCAGCUCGCCUGACAGCGGAGGUCCAGUUGUCCAGCGCCAAAAUGGACCUUCUUCAGAGGAAAGCGAGGCCCAGAGGAGGAUGAUGGAGCAGCAUCAGAUGCAGGCGCACAAGGAGAGGGAGCGACGGACGUCGGGAUCAGUCGUUUCCACUCUCCAAUACAAAGUGUGCGCACCCCCAGCCCACCCCGACACUCCGCCCGAGUACAGACAGUUCAGAGCUAGCACACUGCCCCCUUCCUAUGUGCGUGUGGCCUCCUCCUCCCCUCCCUCCGCCUCCUCCUCUCCCUCCCAAGAGAAGGAGGCGGGGGCGGCCAGGGACAAGUCCCAGCUUUCCUCCCAGCUCUCCACCUCGCUGGCCUCCGCCUUCUCACCCGUCCAGGCAGGUGUGACCACGAUGGGCCGGCAGGUCCGUCAGAUCCCCCUGUCUCCACCCACCGCCGCGCGCCACGCUCACCUGCACCACCAAGACAUCACACUCCCCCCCAAACACGGCACUUGGUCGGCAUCUCAGUUGCAGCAAAUGUACGCCCAGUGCCCGCCCUCCGCCUCCCCUCCGGUCAUGAUGGCCGUGCCCGCCAGGCAGGGGUUGCCGCCACCGCAGCCCGCCCUCCCCGUGGCGCACCCCCUCCCAAAUAUGAGGAUGAAGCCCCCGCCGCUGGAGCCGAGCGCCCAGUACCACCAGCCCCACCCUCACGCCAACGGCCAAGCGGACGACUCCUACGCUUCCCACUCCCACCAGCUGCCGCUCACCCCGCAGUACUGCGAGGCCGUGCCCCUGCCCCCCCUCAUGGGCCAGCCACCCGCAGGCCUCGCCCCCAAUCACCAGUACCCGUCCACCUUCCACCCUCAGCAGCAGGCGCACCACCAGCAGGGCCAGCCCCUCAGCAACUCGCCCACUUCUUACAAUGACGGGGGCUCGCCCAAGGAGACCCCCUCCCCCGUCCCCAUGACCAACAGCAGCGCCCCCGUUUCCGCAGGUCAUCCCGCUAUGCUGUCCGUGGCCCCGCCCUCGGCCGGGGUCCCGGCGCCCAUGGCCGGCCCGCCGGCCCCUCCGCCGCCGCCGGGUCCGCCGCCCCCGAUGGCGGUGCCCCCGCCCAUGCCCCCUCCUCUGCCCACCGGCGGAGGACCUCCCGGGGGUCCCCCUGGGAUGCAGCAGCAGCCCUCGGGGCUGGCGGCCGCGCUGGCAGGGGCAAAGCUUCGUAAGGUUCAAAGGGAUGAGAGCAGUCCGCCGGGAUCGAGCGGCAGAAGUGACUCCAACCGAUCUAGCGGCGGGAGCGGAGGUGGCGGAGAGGGUCUCAUGCAGGAGAUGAAUGCCUUAUUAGCUCGCAGGCGGAAAGCUUCUGAGAAACCUGAUGAGGACGACUCUGGUAGUCGCGGGCCUGGUCAGAACUCUACAGAUGCUGUGAAGAAGCCGUGGGAGAGAUCCAAUUCCUCAGAGAAGUCCUCAUUGGUGUCAAGAGUGAGACCCGUUGGCAGCACCAGUGAAUCCGACACAGAAUUUGACAGGAUGAAACAGGAGAUUUUGGAUGAAGUUGUACGCGAAUUGCAUAAAGUAAAGGAUGAAAUAAUUCAUGCCAUCAGACAAGAAAUAGGUCGGAUCAGCACGUCUUAAUCCCAGCUGAGCGACAUUCGGAAGGAGAGCAGGAGAAGCUGGAGAAAGACGACGAGGAGGACAAGGAGGACGUCGGAUGGACACAGGUGGAGCCGCGAGGAGAACACCUAGAAUGUUCUCUCAAUGUUUCUGUGAAGUCGCGUCACAGAGACGUUGUGCCAACAUUUGAGUCUGCCGGACAGCAACGUGUACUGAAAAGAGCGAGACGCACUCGAGGAGAGGAAGAGAAGAUGAACUGUCGUGGCGACUUCGUUGUUGUGGUUGUGCGUGCGUGCGCCUCUCGACUCAGACUGCCCAGUGUUGCCACGUUUUCUUUUGUUCCGUCUUCAAAAGAAAAUAUUUUUGGUUUUCUAAGUUUGUACUGUUGUAUUAUUUAAAAUUCUGUGCCGAUGUCGUCGACCAUGAGUAUUUCGGAAAGGACAAAUGGAAACUUGCGCACCCUACUUGUCAGCCUUUUAUACUUCUGUUCAUUUGAUUCCAGACCAUUUGUUGGAAACAAGCACAAAGUUGGCAAAAAUGUUGCUGAGCUGAUGUUUUGAUUGCCAUGUUCAUACCGGGGUCAUGCGUCUGACCUUUUCUUCCUGCAGACAAGUAGCCACUGAAAUUCACCUUCUGCUACACCACCAAGGCCACACCACUGAGCGGCCAUCCGCCUGAUAAAAAGCCCUCAGGGAUGAGGAACCAUGACAUUUUAUCUGAACAAACAGGCUCAAAUUUGGUAGCAGUGGGACAGAAAAUCUUUUGGACCAAAAUGGCAGAAAUGUGUUCUUGAGUCUUUUUUUUCCCCUGGCUUUACACAUGCCUACCAAAUUUCACAUUACUAAGGGAAAUUGGCUUCCACUGCUGUAUUAUGUACAAGUCAAUUUUUUUGGAAUGGUCCCAGGUUCCCCAUCCCUGGUAAGCGGUUUAAAAAAAAAAAAAAAAAAAAAAGGAAAUGGCCGAACAACGUGGUAGUUUUCCUCCCUAUGUUAUGCAUGAACCCUUAAUCUCUAUCAAUUUCUUUAUUUGGUUAAACAGGAAAUAAAAAUGGUGGUGCAUUUAUAACAGUGGUUUGUUUCUAUAAUGAAUCCCAGUCUCUAUGUAAAACAGGGGUAUCGCACUCCAGUCCGAGGGGGCCGCAUUCCAACAUGUUUUCCAAGAUUCCCUCGUUAAGUGCACCUGUGGCAAAAGUUAGGCUCCUGCAGAAGGCCAAAAUGACCAAAAUCUUUUCACGCAGGUGUGUUUAACGAGGGUAACUUGGAAAACAUAUUGGAACGCGGCCCCCGAGGACUGGAGGUCGACACCCCUGAAUGCUGAUGAUGGUCGCAAAGUGAGGGAGGGGUGCAUAAUUUAAACAUUGAAGGUUGUUUCUAUGGAAAUAUGCAAAGUUAGCUCAGAAGAAUGUGCACAAUGGAAUGGUCAGUCAAUGUUACGGUAGCUCAAAGUGUCUUUGCGGGAGUUUGGAUUGUUGCACUCGCAUUGUCAGCGAUGUUCUCAUUAAAUAAAUAAAAAGCUGGAUGUAAAAAUUCA